UUUAUAAUUUGGAUAUUUCUUUUCCGUGGCGAUUCUCUCAGUUGGUGUUUGUCUUAUAGUUCAUGUGACUUUCCUUUCGUUUCUGUCUACAAUUGCAUCUCAGAUCAGGAAAUUAUCAAAUCGGAGCCGCCAUGGAAGUGAACGAUAAGCUUUUGAACAUGGGUAUUCUUAUCGUAGCCACUCUAGUAGUGGCCAAGCUCAUAUCUUUCCUCAUAAUGCCUAGAUCUAGGAAACGUCUGCCACCGGUAGUCAAAACCUGGCCGCUAAUCGGUGGGCUGCUUCGAUUCAUGAAAGGCCCUGUUGUGAUGCUCCGGGAGGAGUACCCGAAGCUCGGCAGUGUUUUCACUUUGAACUUGUGUAACAAGAAGAUAACUUUCUUGAUUGGGCCUGAAGUUUCAGCACACUUUUUUAAGGCUUCAGAAUCAGACCUCAGCCAACAGGAAGUUUAUCAGUUCAAUGUGCCAACCUUUGGACCCGGUGUGGUUUUUGAUGUGGAUUACACGAUAAGGCAAGAGCAAUUCCGAUUCUUUACCGAAGCCCUUAGAGUUAACAAACUUAAGGGUUAUGUUGAUCAGAUGGUUACAGAAGCUGAGGACUACUUCUUAAAAUGGGGGGAUAGUGGUGAGGUGGACCUUAAGUAUGAAUUGGAGCAUCUCAUCAUCUUGACUGCUAGUAGGUGUCUCUUGGGUCGAGAAGUGCGCGAUAAACUUUUUGAUGAUGUUUCUGCACUCUUCCAUGAUCUUGACAACGGAAUGCUCCCCAUCAGUGUUAUAUUCCCUUACUUGCCUAUCCCUGCUCAUCGCCGUCGUGACCGAGCUCGAAAGAAGCUUGCUGAUAUCUUUGCAAAUAUCAUAGCUUCCCGCAAAUGUGCUGGCAAGUCAGAGAAUGACAUGUUGCAAUGUUUCAUUGAAUCUAAGUAUAAAGAUGGUCGCCCAACUACCGAGGCUGAAGUAACCGGCUUACUCAUUGCUGCUCUCUUUGCCGGACAGCAUACCAGUUCUAUCACCUCUACGUGGACCGGUGCUUAUCUUCUUCGUCACAAGGAGUUCCUAUCUGCUGUGCUCGAGGAGCAGAACCAACUAAUGCAAAAGCAUGGAAGCAAGGUUGAUCAUGAUAUCUUGUCUGAGAUGGACACCUUGUAUCGGUGCAUUAAAGAAGCUCUGAGACUUCAUCCUCCACUGAUUAUGCUUUUGCGUAGCUCACACAGUGAUUUUAGUGUAAAAACCCGAGAUGGAAAAGAAUACGACAUCCCAAAGGGUCACAUUGUUGCAACAUCACCGGCAUUUGCCAACAGGCUUCCUCACAUUUACAAGGAUCCAGACACAUAUGAUCCCGAUAGAUUCUCUGUUGGGAGGGAAGAAGACAAGGCAGCUGGGGCUUUCUCAUAUAUUUCCUUUGGAGGUGGAAGGCACGGUUGCCUCGGUGAACCGUUUGCUUACCUUCAGAUAAAGGCCAUAUGGAGCCAUUUGUUAAGGAACUUUGAAUUGGAGCUUGUGUCACCGUUUCCAGAGAUUGACUGGAAUGCUAUGGUGGUUGGUGUGAAAGGAAAAGUGAUGGUUCGUUACAAGCGGCGACAGCUUUCUGUUGAUUAGCUAAGUUUUGUUUGUUGGUAACUUGGAGUUCUAAAGUUUUCUUCUUCAAAUGUCGCUGGGUUUUUUUUUUUGGUUAUGUUGUUGAACUUUGGGUUAUUUGUGUUAACUAGAGGAUUCUCUGGAUUCUGUUUGGUAAUGCUUUUUGUUUAUUGAUAUAACAUUUUUGAUCAGUUUGCAAAGUU